GGUAGUCGUCUUAGCCGUAUGUCUCUCUGACUCGCUACUGACCUGUUGUGAAACAAAACUGUCAGUUUUGAUUCAUUUCCCUUUUGAUUCGGACACGUGGGAGCUGUUUCAGUCUCCCUGUUUAUUUAUUUUAGGUUCAGUUUUCCGCAAAGAAACAUAAUAACGUGACUAUGAUACAACAUACACAACUUGACCUGAACAGCGGAACGUAAGAAAUGUAACUUGGUAAGCACUUCCUAUUUAUGUUGAUUCUAUUCAUUAACUAAGUUAAAGUUUCCUUAUAAAAAAAGUUUCCUUAUAAGGAUGUGGGUUUAAUAACUUUUUUAACAUUAUUGGGAUCUCCUGGAUCUUUGUGCCGGUAAGGUUUCAGAACUUUUCAAUAUUGGGAUUUGCAUCCUUCGACCGGGGGUUUUACCAGUUACUGAAAAAAUUCGUCUGGAAUUUACGUACAGACCACUUUCAUCAGCCGAACAUUUCCAAGAUGGUGAAGUUCCGUUCCGAAUGAGACAUGACAGACGUCCAUUUUGGCCGUGAAUCAGUAAAUAAAUUUAGUAUCUUUCUUGCCAGUUCCAGAACCACCAGUGAUACCAAAUCGCCUAAAUUAUAUAAGACUAUAUAUAUAAAUAGAAAAUUUUCUUCUCCAAAGAUCUAACGAAAAAUCCCUGAAAAUUCCAGAACGUCAUCAACGUAAAUAAACCAGUUGUUAUUUUAAUAGAUUAAUGAUUUAGGCUGGGUAUUUCCCUUAGCGUAAGUAUCCUAUCUGGUUGCCACAUCAUGAGCCAAACAUUACACUUUGACCUUAUAGAAUUCGUCAUAAUCUCCGUGUGCUUUCAAUUUUAAUUUUAGAACACUUUCUGAGGUUUUAAAUUAAAAGGCUGAAGAAAGCGCUGAUAGUUUAGAAGAAGUCAAGUGUGCUGAAUAAGCGAAAUUGAAGUCGUUAUUCCAAUAGAGUUAUUACCGAUUAUCGGAUUUUUUUACAUCUCUACAGUGGUCAGUACCGAGUUCAUAAUUGGUGAUAAGUUUUGAAAACAAGCGUUAGAAGAUCUCAGCUGCCCUCCUUCGAUACGGUCGACAAAGCUCGCAAGAAUUCAUCAACAAGGCUGUGGUAUUUUAGGUACUUUACAUAUUUUAAUUUUGUAUCAUUAGUUUUCUUUUUUGCUAAUUAUUUCAAGAGCUGUUGUCUCUUCUCCGUGAUUGAUUCUGGGUACCCCAGUCGGUCGAUACAAUUUACCACAUCAUGCAGUUCACCGUAUUUUAGUAUUCAAAAAAGCAAAUUUUUUGAAGUAUCCCUCGCCUUUAUUCUUUAAAAUAUUUCAUCUGUUCAGGGUUUUUACAUAGGCAUGAAAGUCUAGUGAUCCGAAAAUUAUAGGGAUCAAAACAGCUUUCACCGUAUUUUACCUUUUCCCUAAAAUUUUCAUCUGUUCAGGGUUUCAGCUGAAAAAAAAAAUUAUAGGGAUCAAAACUCCUUUUCGAAAAUUCUAGGUGAAAAGACUUUUUGACCUUUUUAGGGUAAAAAUCCGUUAAAAAUGGGCAAUUAUACCAUUUUUUAGAUGUUCGAAAAUCCUAGUAGAGGCAGGCAAGCAAGAAAUUUUACAACAAAUGUUCCGAAAAUUCUAGAUCUCAAAACGUCUUCCGAACAGAUCCGAAAAUUGACGUUGGGUGCCCCUGCUUGGGGCGGUUGUGGGUCUCUAAACAAUAGUACCUUGAUCAAGUAGCCUGCUUAGCAGGUGCUAAGGGAUACAUGACUCCGUGCGCCCUUUCUUUCUAGGCUAUGAUCCGGUCCAGGGGCUUCUGCUUGAUCCGAUUCCCAAGGCAAUACAAUGUUAAUAUCGUGAAUACUGUUCUGUUUGGCUUUUAACCGAAUUUAGACCCUCUGAAUCGGCAUUAGCCUCCCCGCAGACGUCUUUUUGGGGUUGCGUGACGAAUGAACACCACGGGACGUCUGCGGGGAGACUAAAUCGCCAUCAGAUAUUGCGAUUCUGCAGGUUGCUAAUUGUCCAUUGUCGGUGAAAUUAAAAGGUCAUAGAACUGAGUUCUGCUUUCAACUCAUGUUUCUUUCUAGAACUAUUCGAUUACACAAGAUUCCCUAACAAUAAUAUUCUGUUCUUUCCAUUUAUUUUUUCUUUUCAGCUAAUUUUCCCUCAUGGGUUGCAUUGUGGAAUUUCUUAAGCGUUGUGUCAGCAAGAAAAAAAUCCGGUACACUGAAGACGGAUUUGAUUUAGAUUUGACAUGUAUCCUUUCUAUUUAGCCUAUUUUCACACUGACCGGAAAGCUUUUGCUCCGGCACGAACUGCAUACCGGAUAGGGGUUCUGUUCACAUAUUUCUGUAACUCAGCGAAGCUGUGCCGCGCCGAUCUAUAAAGUAGAGAGUCCCAUAUCGGAUAGGUUUUCAGCUUUUAGUGUUGGCGCCGACACAGAAAGUGCCUUUGAAUUUCCUUUGAAUGCUUUUGAACCCGGAAGAUCUCGAAGGCGCGGGGCUCAAAUUCUCCCCAGUUUCUCUCUUCACCUAACCAUAUUAGGAAACAUUGCAGCCACUGCUGGAGCUUCGGCAUGCGGCAAACAUGGCGGAUCGCGUUGUAAAAUGUGUUUGAAUUUUGCUCCAAAACUGUUUAGCACGGGAAGAAUUUCGCAUACCUACACUUACGAUUUUGUAGCGGGGUUAUUGUUAUUUAAAUAACUGGAAAUGCAACUUCAGCUGAAGGACUGUUGAUUCUUGACGAGCAGGUUUUUGUUGAGUGGUUUUGCAGCAGGCUGAUUGAUCGAUUGUCGAAACAUUUCGGGGAGAAUGUUUAAUUUCAAAGCUCUCGUCAGCAAGAAGAAGAGGCGAUUCCAGGAGGAGGGGUUUGAUCUAGAUUUAACAUGUAUCCUUGUUUGCGUAUUUUAUUUCCUUUCGCUGAUUUAUGUGCCUAAGGUAGCAUAAGUUACAUAAACAAUUGCUGAAGUUUCCAAGAGCUGAAACGAUCAAAUACGCCUAGUCUUUUCAGUGGUUUUCGCCUAUCAAGGUGCGUUGAGACGGAUAUCAAUCGUAGAUUUCCUUUUAGAAGUUGUUUGUGGCUUUCGUUGUAUCGACAUACUUAUGGCGCUACACAAAGCUCAUCCCUUCUGUAAUAACUUUCUUACGCUGAAUCGACAAUAUUCUUAUAUUUUGGUGUUGUUUUUGUCUGUUUGUGUUUCGUGAUUUUGAUCAUUUAUACAUCGCUAUGUUUUGAUUUAAUGGUACGUAUUCUGAAAACAUUGCAAUGUUACAUUUUCAAAAACUGAAGCCAUUUUAUUUCGUAUGAUUGAGGUUACUAGAAGUUCAAUUAUGCUGUAAAUUUUUGUAUUUACCUUCCGGUUUCCGUUACGUCAAGAACUGUGAUUGUUGAAGCUGGACGAUCGAUAGAAAUCGUUUUAACCACAUCAGCAGUAAUAAUUUUUUUGUGAAGAAUGUAGUGGUAGACCCACUUUCGAUUGUACUGUUUUGUUUAGUUUCUUGCUCAAACAAGUUUCUGACUUCAAAAUAAAUUAUAGUAAAUUAGUGUAACUGUUACAGGUCAAAAUUAUAUUCAGGUGAAAAUAUUUUCAAGUACAAACGGCAGCAAAAGUAGUUGAGACUUCACCAUAAGGGAGUUUUCUGAUGCUUUACUGACUUCCAGAGGGGAAAAUAAAGCUUUUCCUCCCCCAUCCCCCCGUGCAACAUUGUGCCGCUGUUAGAGCUACCUAUAGAAAGCAAUUGAAUGAAGGAGAGGGGGAGGGGUGUGGCUUCUUUUGCUCUCCGUAGUUUAACCUAUUUCAGUAACAAAUCAGUACCAACAACUUUGUGGCCGAUUGUAGGUUGAUUCUCAAUAAAUCUUGUUUCCUGGCCCUAAUUCAUGAAUAAUUAGGGCUGGGAGACACAGGAAAAGAGAGUCAACCAAGGUUAAAAAAUUUCAGCCCGAAUUUAAUUUGGCCUGACCUGUAACAUAACCAAGUGCAUAGCCUGAGAAAACAAACAACAUUUUGUGAUGCCAUCACUAUUUUCCUCGUGAAAAGACAUCUGAGAAACCAGCAGAGAAAUUCCAUACUGAUGAAGCGAGACUACCCAGAUCUGGGUAGUGCUACUGAUUGGUUAAAACAAAUUUCAUGAGCGGCACGACUAAUAAUAGAAGCAAUAUCCAGAUCUAGGUAGUGACGCGUCAUCAUUAUGGAAUUUCCAGGGUUGUUUCUCAGAUAUCAUUUUGUAGGGAAACCGUUGGUGGCAUCGCAAAAUGUCGGCUGUUUUCUACGGCUACUAAGUGUAUUGUAUACAGGGAUGUUAGCAAACACUCAAGAGGUUUGUGUGUGUUUGUGUACGUUCUUUUUGGUGACGUGCAAAUAUAUUUAAAAUGUCUAUACACCGUAUUCACAAAUGGCGGACACGGGGGGAAAAAACUGGUGCCUAGUCAUGAAAGCAAGGCGUUGGAGGAUAAACAAAAAUUGCAAAUGAAGACUUUCAGUGAACUUGCAGAGUGUUAAGCACGGAUUCCACCUAAAAUAACUUUGUACAGACUUCUUUUUAGAUACAAUUACGUGGGAAGUCUUCUGCUUUUAAUGUUUGGUAUUGUUUGCUGUUUGCCGUCAAAAGGGACGCGUAUAUCUUCAAGGAAACAGGAUGAUUUUGUAGGUUUCCGAAGCAACAGAAGCUCGACAAGUGGGUGAUGGCCGGAGAAAAGCUGCAAACAUGUUGGCCCAAACUUCACACUGAAACCGAAUACAAAAGCUAGAUCAGUACAAUUCUGUAAAACAGAAAUAAAAACAGAUAUUGGUGGCAAGAAAAAGAGAAAUAAGCAAUGGAUAUAUUGCCUAAUUGUCAACGGAAGAGACCUCCAUGCGCCAUUACACAAAACAGGUCAAGUCGAGAGCGGGAGAAAGAUUCAUUUACGAGGCUCAUUCAUUCAUGUCAGUGUCAUUUUAUACAUAUCUAAGUAUAUAUGUAUGUCUGUAUUUACAACUUCCUUUGGAUCAUAUUAAUUCCGUCGCUUUGGAGUGAAUUGUUAGAGGUACGUUUGCAGAGCUUAGCAAAAAUCUCAUGAUUUCUUCGUCAUUGCGAAAUGAUUGAAAAUGAUUUUAUCAAACUCAGAAGCUGUAGUGUGUGAAUAUUAUGGCUUGCUAUUUGCCUGGUCUCCUUUAGGGCAUUAUCUUGGAGAGCUCUUGGUAAAAAAGUGGUAUUAAGCUCACAUUUUACUAGGUGAAACUUUUAAGGCAAUGUUUGGGUCAGGACUGAACACGGCAAGCUUCUGUUUCGAAUCAUUAAAUUCAAGUCUGGAUCCGUUUAUUUAUAUAUGUAUUCUUCACUUUUAAAAUAUUAUGGAACAUAAAGUUAAAACUCUUAACACCCAAAGAUAAGAAAAACGAAAAUUACUUCCUGAAAUGAUAUGUGGCCAGCUUACCGAGUCCGGCUGCCGAGUAACAAGUUGAAAUUUUGAGCGUACUCCACUCGAUCGAUCCUGCGUUUAUACUAAAAAAGUAAUUCUAAUUGAUGUCCUUCAUCGAAAAAGACCAGAGAAUAACGUCCUGGCAAACAAAAACCAAGCAUAACUUCAUUGAAACCUCAGUCACUGCUUCUUUCUUGUCUUCCUUUAUUCCAUCUCGACUUGAACUGCUUGUUCAACGGCAGACGUCUCUUGCGUUAACAAGUAGGCCGUAUAUCCGUCACCUAUUUCUUUUUUUCUUGCCACCAAGAUUUGUUUAUUUUUUUGUUUUGCCGAAUUGCAGUGAGCUGGCUUUCAUACUCGGUUUCAAUGUGAAGUAUGGGCCAACAUGUUUGCCACUUUUCUCCAGCCAUCCCCCACUUGUCGAGCUUCUGAUGCCUCGGAAACCUACAAAAUCAUCUUGUUUCCUUGAAGAUAUACGCGUCCCUUUUGAUACCAAUACCAAACAUUAAAAGCAGAAGACAUCCCACGUAAUUGUAUCUAAAAAGAAGUCCGUACAAAGUUAUUUUAGGUGGAAUCCGUGUUAAACACUCGGCAAGUUCACUGAAAGUCUUCAUUUGCAAUUUUUGUUUAUCCUCCAACGCCUCACUUUCAUGACUAGGCACCAGUUUUUUCCCGUUUGUCUGCCAUUUAUGAAUACAGUGUAUGGCAUUAGUGUUUGUGGUGUAGGUUGUUCGGUUUAUGUUAAAUGUAUUCUUGUUAGGGACAUGCAAGAAUAAUAAUGCCUACAGUAUGAGUGUUUGUGAGAGUCCAUUUUUAACAAAAACUCACCAUUAAAAAUUUCUAUUGAUAUUUUAGCAUUAAAGAUUUGGCCAAUCUGUGAAUAACAUAAUAAUAUACAGGGCAAAAAAAAAAAUCCUGUCCAGUGAUCUGGGACGAGUAGUUUUUUUCUUGCUGGGCACUUGCCUAAUUGGCAAUGAUCCAGGCAAGGUGUCCUCCAACUAAAUCAUUAGCUGAGAAAAGUAGGUGCGCCAGGCAAGCAAAAUAUAAGAGAUGCUUGCCCAGAUGACUUGUUGGAAUUUAAUUUUUAUAAAUCCUGCAUGAACAAGAAAUCUAGUCAGUAAUCCAUUUUUUAUCCUUCGUGGUCUUUUCUCUGGAAAUACAUGUAUGUCUGAACUAUUUUAUGUUUGCUAACCUUGAUCAGGUGUUGUUCUUCUUUUGUGGGGUGCAGAGGGUGGGGGGGGGUGCAAAAAAAAAUCUGCAAUUGAAAUCUACAAUUGCCUUUCAAAGAUUAGGGAAGAAGGACCACCUGAUCACAGGUCAUACAUUAUUUUGCAGCCUGCUAACACCUUGUGAUAAAGACAGACAUUUUUAUUAACAAUCAUGUAUUAAAUUAAGUCUGAGUGAAGUGCUGGUAAGGCAAUUACCUUGUGCUUUCACUGUCAAAAGCAUUUGGUUGGUUACCAGGCUGUUAUUUAACAGGUGUUUCAGAAAGAAAGAUUUGUCACAUUUCUUUAACUUGUCUGCAAAGAUAUUAAACCCAACAUAGUGGCAAUGGGAUUCCCCUCUGAAAAUUUGGAGGGAGUCUACAGAAAUCACAUUGAGGAAGUUGUAAGGUACCACUCAUUUAAUAUAACAUGUUGUUGUUAAGGAAAAGUCAUAACUAGAGGUACUGCUUAAUUUUGUACCUUGGCCCUGUGCAUGUGGUCUUGUAUGAGGGGUGGGGGGCAGCCCACAACUAGGUCCCCAUAUCCCAACCCCUAGAUCUGCCACUGCAGGUUGCUUAAGUCAUGGAACUAGGACCUUAAGGUUACAGAAGAUGUACGUGUGCAAAGGGCUUUAAAUUUGUGUUGGUAAUGUUACUGGUUACAAACUGUAUAAUACACAAGUGUGUUUUUCUUUUGACAGAUUUCUAGACACAAGGCAUCCCGAUCACUACAAAGUUUACAACUUGUGAGUAAUUAAUAAUGAUUUUUAAUGAAUAGUUAUUUUAAUUCUGUUAAUAUUUUUUCAUAUAUUUUCUUGUGCACAUACUCAGGUGCUCAGAAAGGCAUUAUGAUCCAUCCAAGUUUAAUAACAGAGGUAAGACUUAACAGAAUGUUCACUUGCUGGUUUUGCUGAGCAGUACCAUUAAAUUAGCCACUUUCAGAUGUUCUGAUAGUGGAGGGCAGUCAAAGAGUAGAGUGAGUAAAGACGAAGGGAUUACAUGUAGUCCCUAGUCGUUUUUCUCCCACUGGCUCCAUUCUUUGCCCAUGCUCCACUAACUGAAUGCCUGAAUCAGGCUAUCAUUAAGUAGGUAUGGGUUUGAAGAUCACUUUGGAUAAAGCUUGAUGCAAUUCCAGAAUACCAGAUUCUUCUUGUACUUGCUGAAAAAGCACUGUUGUUUUGUUUUUGUUUUUAUCUAUAGUGUGCACAUGAUGUUGUGUCAGCACUGCAUGCUUGUGAACAAUAUAUUAUCUUUCUGUUCAAAAAUAAACUCUAGUUUUGGCCAAAGAAAAAAAAUAGAUCAUCUUUCUGUUCGAAAAUAAACUCUAGUUUUAGCCCAAAAAACAAAAUUUUAUUGUAUUGUAUCAACCAUCAAUGUCGCUGCCUUGUCAAGGAUCGAAAACCAAGAAUAGCGCUUAAAUCGUGUUGGUAGCCCUCACUUUUCUGACUAGGUAAUCAUUAAAUUUGGUUGUUCUCAGUGAGUGUCAUUUUCAUUAUAUUGUUGUUAAGCAAAAAACAAAAAUCAAAUUGUUGCGAUUAGGGUAGAGCUGGAAAAAAAGUUGAAUUCCAGUUUGUCGUUUGAGCCAAGCAGCUCUCAUAUUUUGCUUGCCCGGGGCCACCUCUUGCUCAUGGUAAUUUAAGAUGUUGUCUUCCUUGAACCCUUUGCCUGUUGGGCAAGUAAGCCGUAAAAGUUACUUGCCCAGCAAGAAAAUCCAUGUGUCCCAGGUUACUGGGCAGGACUUUUUUUAGUGUCCUGAGUUAGUGGGAAAGCUUGUUAUAUAAAAAGGAAUGUUAAAUUUUGACUGUUCGGAAGGAGGGCUUAAUAGAGAUAGGGCACUUAAAAGAGAUGUGGGGGAGUUUAUUAAACUUAUGCCAUUAAAUAUUGUAGCUGAAUCUCUUUUUCUCUUUCUACAGUUGCUACCUAUCCAUUUGAUGAUCACAAUGCACCACCAUUUGAGUUGAUAAAACCAUUCUGUGAUGAUGUUGAUAAAUUUCUGAAGGAAGAUGAGAAAAAUGUGGCUUUUAUUCAUUGUAAAGCUGGCAAGGUACCUUGUAUUUCAUUUUUAUUUUUUUGGGAACCAACCCUGGACUUUAAGCUACGUGGCUCGGUAAAAAAAUAAAAGAGUCCUUAUUUUGUAUUGGUAGCUUGAAAUAGUCAACUGACUAACAAACCUGUGACAGACGGUGCACUUAUUUUAUCCUCCCCCCCUCCUUCUCCCACCCUCUCUGUCUCCAUCAGUGCUCCAUUUUAUGGUAUUUAAAGCUACAUGGUACUUAAAAGUUAUACAGAAAGGAAAGAAGUCAAAAGAAGGAUUUAAAGUUUCACCUGCGAAUCAAAUUUGCGACCUCCUGGACAGAAGGCCAUGUUCUAACCAACUGCGCUGAUCCUUCCGUUAGUGGGUAUUAUAUUAAUUUAUUAGUCAUUUCUAACAAAGCAGGGAGAAUGGCCAGGGAGCAAAAAAUGCUAGUGAUAAUUGCUGAAAAUACUAUUUAUCUCAUAAGGAGAAGAGUAAAUUCAUACAGCCCCCUGCCAAUCCAGAUUGAAAGUGGGAAACUGUGUGCUGAGUCCGUAUUGUUUUCAUUUUAACUCAGCAUGAGUUGCAUUUGGUCAGUAAAAAUUUGUAACAGUUGCAAUUAAUAUUUGUUGUUACUUGACAGGGGCGGACUGGGGUGAUGAUAUGCUCUUACUUGCUUCAUAAUGACCACUUUAAAGAAAGCAAAGAUGCCUUGAAGUACUAUGGUGAUGCAAGAACAAGAAAUGCAAAGGGUGUUACCAUUCCCAGUCAGAGAAGAUAUGUGUUGUACUACAAUCAUCUGUUAAGACACGGCUUGACGUACACGCGGACAAUGGUGCUCGUCAAGGGAUUUCAAAUGUGGCCUACUCCUACCCUGCAAAACUCCACCUGCAGUAAGCAAAUUGUGCUCUUAAAUUUGAACCCCUUCUAAUGGCCACCUCUCUACAAUGGCAACAGCUAGUCCAUGAACAUUUCCCAGAUGGCAAUUAAAACACAAACUUUAAAUGAAGAUGAUGUGAACUGUGGAAAUACAAAUCUAAAUGAAGAUGUGGCCAUUGUAAUGGUUACUGCAAUUUACGCAACUGCAAAUUAAGCCUAAAAAAUUGCUAUGAAGACCCAUACGUUAGGAGCAUGCCAAUUUUGUCAGUUUCAUCUUAACCUGUGAAAGGAAUGAAACAUAGAAUGAAGAUGAUGGGAACUGGUGGAAUACAAAUCUACAUGUGUGACCAUAACCAUCUCCAUUCUACAGUAUGUUCCGUUCCUUUCAUGAGUAAGAUGAACAUUAACUCAACAAAUUGGUCUGCUCACAAUGUAUGCAAUCUUGGACAAAAUGUUAAGACAAAUGGGUGUUACCUUGUCUUGUUUCAAGAUAAAGCUCUAGAAAGCACUGGCAACUACAAAUGCUCCUCU